AGAUAUACAUAGAGUUUGUGUGUGUGUGUGUAUGUAUGUAUAUAUAUACACCCCCACCGAUCCAAUUCAUCCAUAUAAACAGACAAUAAUCAUAUAUAUAAUUCUUAAGAGAGAUCUCUGGAAGCUAAGCAAGAAUGGGUGAUGAUGAGGUGAUUGUGCUGGGCACUGUCUUCAGCAUGUUCUCCAUGAGAGUUCGAGUGGCUUUGUCUGAGAAGGGCAUCAAGUAUGAGUACAGGGAAGAGGAUUUGGGCAACAAAAGCCCCCUUCUCCUUCAGACAAAUCCUAUCCACAAGAAAAUCCCUGUCCUCAUCCACAACGGGAAGCCCAUCUGUGAGUCCUUGAUAAUUCUCGAGUAUAUCGAUGAGGUCUGGAAGGAUAAGUCUCCAUUAUUGCCCUCUAAUCCCUACCAGAGAGCUCAGGCCAGAUUCUGGGCCGAUCUUGUCGACAAAAAGGUAUAUACUUCAGCAAGCAAUAUUUGGAGGAAGAAAGGGGAAGAGCUAGAGGAAGGCAAGAAAGAAUUCAUCGAGGUUCUAAAGUUGUUUGAGGCAGAGUUAGGGGACAAACCUUAUUUUGGAGGCGAUCGCUUCGGAUUUCUCGACGUGGCCCUCGUGACUUACUACAACUGGUUCCAGGCGAUCGAGAUUUGUGGCAACAUUAGCAUCAAGGAGCAUUGCCCGAAGCUUAUGGCAUGGGGCGAACGCUGCAUGGAGAAGGAGAGCGUCGCUAAGUCUGCAGCUGAUGUCAAGACGGUUUGCGACUUUAUUAUGGUUCUCAAGAAGAGGAAUGGUGUUGCUUAGCUCCUUCACCUUCAUACUGUUGAGUUCUGCAAACAUAAAUAAUAUGGCUGUAUUGUUGCACUCUUUAUGUUGCAUUUGAUCAUAUCAGAAAUAUAUAUGUAAUAAAUGGUAGUUUUGCUUACAUGUGAUGUUUUAUUUGUGAUUGAAUGAAAAUCCGAGCUUUGGAUCA